AUGUCAUUUCUGCAGUUCGCUACGACCUCAAAAUGCAUCCGCCAGACCUUCUCGUUCCUUUCUAGUAGAUAUGACUGCUCCAAACGGACGCUAUCUAUAACAUCAAGAGCGGAGAGCCACUACGAGACCCUCGGUGUACCACCGGAAGCUAGCAGGGCACAAAUCAAGCUUAGCAAGGAGCACCACCCAGAUGUCGCGAAAGGCCCUGGGUCAGAAGCUGUAUUUCGAGCAGCAUCAGAGGCGUACUCCGUACUGAGUGACGAUCGUCAACGGCGUGCAUAUGAUCGUAAAUUGCAACAAGCACGCGCGGCUGCAGCUGCGGCUGCACAACCAACGGCCCCGAAACCUUCUCGUGCAUAUACCUACUCAGAAUGGCAGGUCAAGCGAAGGAAUACCGUCCACUAUGCUUGGGAGUUCUCUUCAAGACCGAAUUCAUCACAUCAGCACCGAUCACCGCCGCCAGGCUGGACAUCUCCGCGACAACAUUCUCCUGCUGGCCAUUCUCACCCGCAAUCACACGGAGGUCAUUAUACACGGCCGGGGCAACGACCGCAGACGCAUGCUCAGCAGCAAGCACACAUGGAGAAGCAGCGUGCAGCACAGGCGGAGAGAACGCAGCUUGAGGGCGUGUCUACGGUCUCUAGAGCUGGUAUCGUAGUCUUUACUUUGAUCAUGGUUGCCGUGACGGGCGGGAUACUUGCCGAGCUCAGAGGUGAAUUGAGGCGGCCCCUCGAAAGAGAAAAGUCGAAGAUAAAUAGCUCAUUGCCCAAUGGAAGCCCGUCAAAACCAACACCCAGCACAUAG